AUGAUGAGAGAAAUAGAAAAUGACUGCAAAUUGAAUUAUUUCUAUAUUUCUUCCACAUUCCCGGAUCCUGCAAAAUUUAUUUGCGUGUGUGUGUGUGUGUGUGAAUGGAAAACGUUGCUUAUCCAAAAACGUAUUCUGCGGCAAUUUAAAUUUGUCAGCCAAUCAGAUCGCAGGAAAAUGCCCGCCGGUUACUUUGAAGAAAAAAAAAAUGCAAGGGCGUGUAAUCCCGGGACCAGAUUAUUCACGCACCAAAAGAAAUUCUUCCGUGGGUGUAGGAUUUCGCCCGCAGCGUACCAAUCAUACGCGGUGAUAGGGGAGCACACACGCCCAGCAAGAAAGGAAACCUUUUUUUCUAAUCAAUCAAUCAACGUUGCGUUCUUUUUUUUUAUUUUAUUCACUCGCUUCUUCUCAAUUGCUUUGAAACAGAAAAAAAAAAUUUUCUUUCACUUCUUGUUACUUUCUUUUCUUCUUGAUCUUACUUCUUGUUGGUUAAUAUUUUUAUAG